CAGGGACGCCGCGCUUCCGGCCGCAGGAGCUGACGCCACCUCCAGAGGCCUGGGCUUCGCUGGUUCGCCGACUUUGCUGUACGGGGAGAUUCGCGCGUGGUAAGAAGCCCCGGACGGGUGAGAGACAUUGAUAAAGUACCUCUGAUGAAACCAUGACCAGGUGGGCACGAGUUACUACCACAAAUAACAAGAGACCCUUACCUGCAACAUCAUGGGAGGACAUGAAGAAGGGAUCCCCUGAGGGAAAAAGCCAAAGUUCACCAAAGAAUAAACAGUUUGAAGCCAAUAAGCUGUCCCUGAAAAAUGAUGCACCCCAAGCGAAACACAAAAAGAACAAAAAGAAAAAGGAAUACUUAAAUGAAGAUGUAAAUGGAUUUAUGGAAUACCUAAGAGAGAACUCACAGCUGGUUCACAAUGGUGAGAUGACAGCAGCAGACAGUCAGGAAGUAAGGGAAGAAAUAGCAGUUGCUUUAAAGAAAGACAGUCGUCGGGAAGGAAGACGAUUAAAAAGACAAGCAGCAAAGAAAAAUGCAAUGUUGUGUUUCCAUUGUAGAAAACCCGGCCAUGGGAUUGCAGAUUGCCCAGCUGCCCUUGAGAAUCAAGAGAUGGGCACUGGAAUAUGUUAUCGGUGUGGAUCCACAGAGCACGAAAUAACCAAGUGCAAGGCUAAAGUAGACCCCGCUCUUGGUGAAUUUCCUUUUGCAAAAUGUUUUGUUUGUGGGGAGAUGGGACAUCUGUCCAGAUCUUGUCCUGAGAAUUCCAAAGGACUUUAUGCUGAUGGUGGUGGUUGCAGAUUUUGUGGCUCUGUGGAACAUUUUAAGAAAGAUUGCCCUGAAAGUCAGAAUUCAGAUCGAAAGGUCACAGUUGGUCGCUGGGCACAAGGAAUGAGUGCAGAUUAUGAAGAAGUUUUGGAUUUGCCUAAACCACAGAAACCCAAAACUAAAACACCUAAAGUUGUUAACUUUUGAACAUUAGUACUAUUGCUAGUUAUCAUGUCAUUGUUACAUUCUGAACUAUGCCUACUUCACAAGUUGGAGCUGGCCUCCCUUGGCCUAGAUUGUUGAUAACAGUAUGAUCUGGGUGUGGUCAAAUAGUUUCUUGAGUUCCUUGUCCAUUAGGAGUACUUUACCACUGUUUAGAGAAAAUCACUGAAGGAAAAUAGAACAUAUUUAAAUUGGAUUCUCUGAAAGAACUUUUUUUUAACAGAACUUAGGUGUGACUAAGUGUUUAUAAACCUGAUUGUAACAAUCAUCUUUUCUUAACAGAAUUAUGUAUUAAUAUGAACUACCCCUAAACUAAGAGUAACUGCUUUGCAGUUGGAAAUGAAUUUUUGGUUAUAUUGUUUUCUUUGUUCAAAGUAUCGAUUUAUUAUUAUAAUAGAAAUUUAUUUAUAAAUGACAAAAUCUGUAUUUUUGAAAUAUUGAAUAAAGACUCAUUUGUAUUUUUCUGAAUACCUAAUUCUGAUUUGAACUAGACAUUGUUCACUAGUGUCCAUGUGACAGUCCCUUUGGAAACACUGCUUCUGUGAAUCUUUGUUGAAGAUAAUACAGGAAUUUGGUAAAUUUUUGUUUUCAGUUUUUAACAUGAAACUUGCAAAAUAAUUAUGGUUAAAAUUGAAGAGUACCUUAACUUAUAAGAACUUUUUCUUGCUCUUGAUUUUCAAGAGAAUAUUCUAACUAAAAUUCAGUUAGCCAGAAUAAUGGCCCAUAACUGAUUGUAUAUCAGACUUAGCUUUUUGUUCAUGUUUUAGCUGAAUUCGGGUAAGAAGCAAAUAUCACCAUAAUAGAGUUAGAACACUAAUCAGAUAUCCGUUAGUUUUUUUGUUUGAUUUGACGAAUACAUGCAUUCUUUAUAUAUAAUAUUUAACAAGACAUUAAAGCUUCCAUUGUAUGUAUAAUGGAAUGACUUGUGGAUUGUGUAUUUCCUUUGGAAUUUUACCUGAUUGGACAGAUUUGAAAGUGAAGGAAACAGCUGUGAUUAGUUACUGAGCUGUCAGAAGCAAAAUAUUUACCAAAUAAGAAAAAAAGCACUUCUCUGCACAAUUCCACUUCUAGUCUUAAUAGGAGCUGUUCUUUUAUUUUCAGUGAGAGAGGAAAACAUGACAGAAUCCUGCUCAGUCUGUUUAAAUGGAGUUACACAAAUCAUCUGGAAGAGAACAGCAGUACUGCUUUGGUCAUUUAGUCCAAACAUACCCAGAUUCAUUUCACCUGUCCUAUUAGAAGCAAAAGGUUCUGGAGAAUUUAGAACUUGUCAGCAGCAAGAUAAGUCUAAUUUUUUUAUACACUCUUCGAUGCAGAACUGUUAGUGCCACUCUUCUUGGGGUUCCUUUGUUCAUAUUUUUUCAAGUAAUUUUUUUUUCUACUGUGGUAAAAUACAACAUAAAAUUUCCUGCUUUAGCCAUUUUUAAGUGUAUAGUGGUGGCAUUAAGUAAAAUUCACAUUAUUGCAUAACCAUUAUCACUUUCCAUUUUCAGAACUUUAUCAUCCCAUACUGAAACUCUGUGCCCAUUAAACAGUAACUGCUCAUUCUCUACCUCCCUACCAUCACUCUUGAUACAAAGAUAAAACAUUUAUCUCUAUGGAAUCAUACAAUAGCUGUCCUUUUGUAUUUGGCUUAUUUUAGUUAGCAUAGUAUCUUUAAGGUUAACCCUAAUCCUAGCAUAUAUCAAAAUUUCAUUCCUUUUUAAGGAUGAAAAAUAUGCCGCCGACCGGCGCAGCGUUAGAUUAGCAAGGCUGACCCAGGGAUGAGAGACUGAACAGGGUGGUCAAGGAUUCGGUGCAAAAAUGACAGACAGACACUUCAGGAGUGAACAUCUGACUGUAAUGCACUCAAAAUCAACGUACAUUUUUAUACAUUUCUAAAAGCAUUACAUCAUACAAUUUUUUAUCACAAAAAUGAUUGACAUGACACGAUAUAUCAUAAGACAUGCUUAGGAUUACAACAAGUUAUAUUUUAACUAAUGAUUGGUCACAGAUUACAUAUUUUCAUGGUUAAAGUGUAAGUCCUACCUACCUAUACUUGUUUAACUUGUUUUUUAAUUUAAACCUAUAUUUAAACCUAUAAUUAUAAGUAUUGUUUUGAAACUGGCUGCCUUUUUUGUCUGCUUUUUCAGGUUAAUAUUUUAUUUAUAAUGAUUGGGUUUAAUUAAAAGCUUGCAAGCUUGGAUUUUUUAGUCAAGACCACCUUGAAGUGGUUGUCAAGGAAUGUUUUUUAUUUAUGACUUGUACUGAGAAAUGUUUUGACUGUUGGAGGAAGUUACUAUAUUAUUUUUCAUAUAUAAUUGUUAACUUGUUUGUUAACUGGAUCUUGUGUUGCUGAAUUUUCGAGGUUAUGUAUUAAACAGUAACAUUUGACUCAUUACACCAUUAUAUUGUCACUAGGAAGAUUAAAGCAAUACAGGAAAGAAAAAAGUAGUAACAGAGGUCAACAAAAAGAGUGCAGAAACACAGGAGAAAAUUGUUGCUAUGGCAGGAACAGCAGGUACAUUGUGUUUAUGGCAGUCAAUCUUCUUAGAAUCUGGUAUGUCAUCUGCGGCAAUCUUCUUGGGGAGCAGGUGCAGCGUGUCCCCCUCCGCGUGCUCGGUGCCUUGACCGUGCUGAACAUCAAGGACCAGAUUGGUAUCACUUGAGUUCUUCCGCGGGAGGGGGCCCCACAAAAAUACAUGCAUUUUUGUAUAUAUUUUAGUGCCACUUACAGAAUACAAAAUAUAAAACUUGACACUUGAAUGACACAUGAAUGCCCUGGACAACUGGAGAUAAAUAUUUAGGUCAUCCAGGAAAAUAAAAAUAAUCCCGCCCACACCCCUUCCUCCCAAAAAUUCUUUCUCUGAACUUCCCUGAAAUCUUAAGAUUUUCAGAACCUUCCUCCGCAAAAUCUACAAAUAACUACAGCUCUAAGGGCCUUGAGGGCAUUCCGCAUGGGCCCAGAAAUCCCAGUGCCAGGUACAGAGCUGGUAUUUCCCCUGUGGUCCCUCCAGGUACAUCUCAGCUGGGCUUUAGUUACCCACAGACCUUUGCAGUUUCCCAGCCUAGGGCUGUUCACUAAGGAGGGUUUGGAACUAUUGUUUCUGGGGCAGAACCCAGAGGUGUGGCCUGGGGCUCUUUAGUUAAAGCAACAAGUACUGUUGCAAGACAGUAAUGUAAGCCACAGGAUUGCUCAGGGCCCUCAGGUACCUGUAAGGAAAGGUUGGGACUGGGGGCCUCGGCUAGUAUGUAGGGCGGGCCCAAGAAGCCAGAAACCAUAAUUA